ACUCAGCGGCAUUUCUGCUGCUCGUGCUCCGCGGCCUCACGCUCUAGGCCGGGAACCGCACGCGGAGCUGGGCCUCCGCGACCGUGGCGAAUCGGCGGAUGGGUGGCCGCGGCGGGGCGGGCCGUGAGCGCGCCGGGGAGGCUCUGGGACAGGACCGAGCGGGAUGGAUCCGGCGCGGUCUGCCGUCCUGCUCGCUGUCCAGGAAGCCCUUCACAACCUUUCCACUUCUGAGGAUGGUGGCCACAUCCUUUCCACCCUGGGGGCCCUGAAGCGGUAUCUCCAGGGAGCGGAGAACCCAGCCCUUCCCGGGGAGCAGGAGGAGUUCGCCAGGAUGCACUUCUCCGCCGUCCUCAGAUGUCUUGUGGGCAGGCUGAGCCCAGGCUGGCUGGGGCUUCUGCCCGACGGCCAGUUGGAGGACCUGUGGGCCAGCUUCUUCCUGGAGGGUCCUGCUGACCAAGCCUUCCUGGUGCUGAUGGAGUCCAUCGAGGGUGCUGCUGGCCCGAGUUUCCAUCUGAUGAAGGUGGCGCAGCUGCUGGCCAGGUUCCUGAGCAUGGGCAGGAUGGCUGCUGUGAUGGAGGGCCAGUGUCGGCCGCCGGCAGAGCCGGCCUUCCCCCUGCUCCAGGAGACGCUCCUCACCAAGGUGGUGGGCUUGCCCGACCAGCUGGGCAACCGUCUGCAGCGGGAGAACCUGGAGGCCUUCCUCCCCCAGAAUUACUUCCCACUGCUCGGCGAGGAGAUCAUGCGGGCGCUGCAGGCAGUGGUGGACUCCCUCCGAGGUGGCUGGGACUGCUCCAUCUCCUUCCUGUCUCGGGUGCUCGGGAAAGCCUGCGUCCACGGGAGACAGAAGGAGAUCCUGGGCGUGCUGGUGCCACAGCUGACGGCGCUCAGCGAGGGCAGCUGCCUCUGGCAGAGGGUCUGCUGGCGCCUGGUGGAGAGUGUGCCCGACCGGGCCAUGGAGGCUCUGCUCAUGGGACUGGUGGAGGUCGCUGCAGGGCCUGAAGUCCUCUCGCGGCUGUUGGGGAACCUGGUGGUGAAGAGUAGGAAGGCCCGGUUUGUGAUGACCCGAAAGAUUCUGUUCCUCCAGCACCGACACUCGACGCCCACGCUGCAGAGCCUGCUGGGGUACUUGGCCAUGGACAGCCAGCGGCGCCCGCUCCUUGUGCAGGUGUUGAGGGAGCUCCUGGAGACGUGGGGCAGCAGCAGUGCCGUGCGCCACACGCCCCUCCCACAGCAGCGCUACGUCAGCACAGCCCUGCUCAUCUGCCUGGUGCACCUGGGGGAGGCUGAGCUCCGGGAUAGCCGAGACGAGUUGCUGGCGAGCCUCAUGGCGGGAGUGAAGAAUCGACUGGACAGCAGCCUGCCGGCUGUGCGCCGUCUGGGCAUGAUCGUGGCUGAGGUGGCCAGUGCCCGGAUCCACCCCGAGGGGCCUCGCCUGAGGUUCCAGUAUGAAGAGGACGAGCUGAGCCGAGAGCUGCUGGCCCUGGCGGCACCCCUGCCUGGGGCUGACAGCCCCGCGGAGGCGGACGCGAGCCCCAGUGUGGCUCCAGUGGCUGCAGAAAACCCUGACAGAGGGAAUGCAGAUGGUGGUGUCCCCCAGGCCCAGCUGGAGGGCUCAGGCUCUGACCUGGACAGUGAUGAUGAGCUUGUCCCGUAUGACAUGUCGGGGGACCAAGAGCUGAAGAGUGGGAAGGCGCCUGCCUACGUCCGGGACUGCGUGGAAGCCCUGACCUCGUCUGAGGACUGGGAGCGCUGGGAGGCGGCCCUGCGAGCCCUCGAGGGGCUGAUUCUCAGGAGCCCAGCUGCUGUUCGUGAGGUGAGUGUGGAGCUGGCCAAGGUGCUGCUGCACCUGGAGGAGAAGACAAGUGUGGUGGGCUUUGAGGGACUGCGCCAGCGAGCCCUGGUGGCCGUCGUGGUCACAGAUCCGGCUCCGGUAGCAGAGUAUCUGACCUCACAGUUCUAUGCCGUCAACUUCAGCCUCCGGCAGCGCAUGGACAUCCUGGACGUUCUGACUCUGGCUGCCCAGGAGCUGUCUCGGCCUGGGCGCCUCCCCAAGGCUCCCCAGUGUGGCUCCCCGAGUCCCAGCUCCCAGCCCAGCAGCACCCCGGCUCCCGCCUGGCGGGCGGUCGUGGAGGAACGGAUCAGAAACAAGACCCGGCGGUUCUCUCAGGGCUCUGCCUGGCGGGGACCGGACGCUCGCCCCAACGAAUUUAACUUGGUGGCUGGCUACUUCUUCUUCCCACUCCUUCGGCACUUUGACAGGCCUCUGGUGACCUUUGACCUUUUGGGAGAGGAUCAACUGGUUCUUGGGAGAUUGGUCCACACCUUAGGGGCCCUGAUGUACCUGGCGGUGAACACCACGGUGGCUGUGGCCAUGGGCAAGGCCCUCUUGGAGUUUGUGUGGACUCUUCGCUUCCAUGGUGAUGCCUUCGUGCGCCAGGGCCUUCUGUCUGCGGUCUCCUCCGUCCUGCUCAGCAUUCCAGCCGAGCGGCUGCUGGCUGACCUGCCUGAUGAGCUGCUGGAAGCCCGGCCCUGGCUAGCAGAUGUGGCAGAGCAGGACCCUGACGAGGACUGCAGGCUGCUGGCGGUGAGAGCGCUGCUGCUUCUGGAGAAGCUCAGACACACACUUGUCCCGCCGGCUCCUCCGUAGUCCGCCCCCGUGCUCCGCCAGCCGUCCACGCGGGCCCUCAGGUGCUGCCCCCAUGGACAGGGGCACCUGCACAUGGACCGGGGGUCCUGAGGAGGGAGGGAGCUGCUGGGGCCCCUGAGGGCUGAUUGUCAACCUGUCCCCAAGCCCUUUCCUCAUCUGAACACAGAAGAUUUUUAAAAAACUACAAAAAGGAAAAAUAAAAAGGAGCUGUGGGUGUUCAA